AGCAACAGUAUACGGCGUCGACGCAGAACGAAAAACCUUGGCUUCGCCCGUCGUCGUCGUCGACGUCGACCGUCGCGAGCUGUGUGUCCCGAGCGGGCGCACGAGGUCGUAGCGAAGGUACCCGAGCGUCGAGCGAACGUCGACGGAAUUAACCGAGUUGUAGCGGAAUCAGCCGAGCGGUUAAGCUCGGUGGUGGGGCACCAAGAAGGCUCAGUGUCUUGGCUCAGUCGAGCCAGCGUCGUGGUUGGAAUCGGUUUUGGGUGAGUGACGGGCACCGUCUCUCUCUCGGCGGGGAGGGGAGAGUAGAAACUCUCUCGCAGGUCGUUCCAAGGCAGCCGCUCUUUAAUCGCGCGUACACGAGGUAGUCCAGUCGAUGGUGGCCAGCUGCCGGAGUGAGGUUCAGUAUCGCAGCUGCGCGUCUUUUCUCUCCUCCCCUCGCUCGCUUCUUUCCUUUUUCUCUCUCUUUCUCCCUCCCUCCCUUCUCUUCUCUCUCUUUCUCUCCCUCUUUCUCUUUCUCUCUAUACAUAUCCCUAUCGGUUUAUCCCUUUUCUGUCUAUAUCUUUUCUUAUCCUUGAGUCCUUAACCGUUCUAGCGCAUAUCCUAUUAUAUCGACCUAUCGUCGCGUACGGCUCCAUCCGAAAUCUCUAUCUUGGUCGUCGUCGUCGUCGUCGUCGUCGUCGUCGUCGUCGUCGUCGUCGACGUCGUCGUCGUCGUCGUCGUCGUCGUCGUUGUCGACGUCGUCAUCGUCGUCGUCCUCGUUUCCCGUCGCAUCGACACUUCGUGGAUGAACGACGCGUGUCGUAAAAUAUCGUUCUUCUCCAUCGCAUUAACAGAGCAUUACUCCCGAAAAUAUUACCGCUGAAGUAGAAGAGCAAGGGGGAGAGAGAGAGAGAGAGAGAGAGAGACAACAGACGGACGGACAGACAGAGGGUAGUAUAACACAGUGAAAAUGCGAUGGUCGUGGUAGUGACAAGUGUAACACCGAAAUAAAGAGAUAAAGAGAGAUAAAGAGAGAAAGAAAAAAGAACGAAAGAAAGACAGGCAGUCAGAAAGAAAAAAAGAAAGAAAGAAAGGUGGGGCGUUGACGGAAGAAGCAAAAAACAAGAAAAGAAGAACAAGAAAAAAGAAAGAGGUGAGGAAAAGGAAGAGGAAAAAGAUAAAAGUACACUCGACGACCGUAUCCCCAAGGCGAGAUUUAUCAUCAAACAGGAGUGUGAGUUAGAGAACGGAGAAGGAGAAAUCUACUGGUCGUCCUCGUCCCUUAAAAGGAAAAGGAAGGAGAAACUUGCGGUGAGCGACUGUGCGCCCCAAACGUCGCGGGUCAGCUCGAAUUUGCACAGCAGCAGUAGUAUGGCAGUAAGCCGCGUUCCGAGCCCACCACCGCCGGAAGUGAACACCCCCGUUGCCGAGAAUUGGUGUUACACACAGGUUUUAUGUGCACAGGUGAAGGUGGUCAAAUUCAGCUACAUGUGGACGAUAAAUAACUUCAGCUUCUGCCGCGAGGAAAUGGGAGAAGUUCUCAAGUCGUCCACCUUUUCGGCGGGAGCCAACGAUAAAUUGAAAUGGUGCCUAAGAGUGAACCCUAAGGGUCUGGACGAGGAGAGCAAAGACUACCUGUCCCUGUACCUCCUUCUUGUUUCCUGCAAUAAAUCAGAAGUCAGGGCAAAGUUCAAAUUUUCUAUUCUUAAUGCCAAAAGGGAAGAAACCAAAGCAAUGGAGAGUCAACGAGCGUACAGGUUCGUUCAGGGUAAAGAUUGGGGCUUUAAAAAGUUCAUUAGGAGAGAUUUUCUAUUGGACGAAGCCAAUGGACUCUUACCGGACGAUAAACUCACGAUAUUCUGUGAGGUAUAUACCUUUGUCAGUGUGGUCGCAGACAGUGUUAACAUUUCCGGACAAAGUAACACGAUACAGUUCAAAGUACCGGACUGUCGACUACCCGACGAUCUUGGUCUUUUAUUUGAAAACCAAAAAUUCAGCGACGUCACGCUGACCGUUUGCGGAAGAGAAUUUCAGGCGCACAAAGCCAUUCUCGCGGCACGAAGUCCCGUUUUUUCGGCGAUGUUCGAACACGAGAUGGAGGAGAGGAAACAAAAUCGGGUGGACAUCACCGACGUGGAUCACGAAGUACUGCGGGAGAUGUUAAGAUUUAUAUACACUGGCAAAGCGUCGAAUCUUGAAAAAAUGGCGGACGAUCUUUUAGCAGCGGCGGAUAAGUAUGCUCUCGAGAGGCUAAAGGUAAUGUGCGAGGAAGCACUUUGCGGGAGUUUGGCCAUUGAAAAUGCAGCGGACAUUCUUAUACUCGCCGAUUUACAUAGUGCUGAUCAACUUAAAGCCCAAGCCAUAGAUUUCAUUAAUACACAUGCGACGGACGUGAUGGAUACAGCGGGAUUUAAAUCCAUGGUAAAUUCCCAUCCGCAUCUGAUAGCCGAAGCCUUCCGUGCGUUAGCCACUCAACAAAUUCCACCUAUCGGACCACCAAGAAAACGAGUGAAACAGAGCUGAAAGCAAUCACCCCUUACUCCGGGCACAACAUCCACGUCGCCCCCACCACUUCUACAUCCUUCAUGACUUUUGUGUACAGUGAUGAUUACGAGGUAGUGCUAAAUAAAUGUUUCCUAGUGUGCGGCA